AUGGAAACACUAAUAUUUGCUAAAAUUAAAAAGGUUUUCGGAUUUCCAGAGUGUGAUACUGAACAUAUUGUAGAAGAAAAGAAAAAGAAGAAUUGUUUCAAAUCUUCGCUUUUCGAAUUGGUAAGAUAAUGAAAAAGAAAGAAGAUCAAACUGACUGAAACAAUAAUGAUUUCAGAUAAAAUACAGCUCAAAAACUGAAUUUUUGUAUAUAUCGAUAUCCUUAGUUUGUGCCUUAGUUGGUGGUGCAAUUCAACCAAUUGUACUUCUUAUUGGUGGAUGGAUCACUAAUUUAUAUCUUGUUAACUCAUCGGUAAAUUUUAUUUUUGAUAAGUAAGAUUUAAGAAACACAAUAAUAAUAUAUUCAGAACGUUGGAGAUGAAAAGUUUCUACACGAUGUCAUAAAACUAAUUUAUACUGGUAUUGGAUGCGGAAUAAUAAUAUUUAUUUUAGCACUUAUUCAGGUAAUUGAAUAUUUUUUUAAAGAUCUAGAAAAACACAAAACAUUUAUGCAGGGUAUCUGUAUUCAACGAGGAACUCGUCGUAUAAUUGACAAAAUCAGAAAAGAUUAUUUGAGUGCAGUUCUUCGACAAGAUGCUAAUUGGUUAGAUAAUCACCCGGCUGGAACAAUUAAUUGUCAAUUGAAUGAGUAAGUUUUGAAUUUUCAAUUUGUCUACAAUUUCAGUAAUUUCAAUUAUUGUAUUUCAGGAAUACUGAAAUAAUAAACGAUGGAUUAGGAAUCAAAUGCUGUUUGUUAGUUCGUGGUUUUGCAAUGUUUGCUUCAUCAAUUAUUGCCUGUGCUUUUAUUCAAUGGCAAUUAACAUUUAUAACAUUCACAAUGGGACCACUAUCUGCCUUUGUCUUACAUUAUUUGACUAAAGUAAUUUUGAUUGAAUUAAGAUCAGAAGUAUCAUAAAAAUAAUUUAUUAACAGGUUACUGAAUCGACAAAUGAAGAAAUGAUGAACUUGUCUGCAAAAUCGCAUACGAUAUUUGAAGAGUCUAUUCUGAAUGUUCGAACAAUUCAAACAUGUAAUGGACAAAAUUUUAUGAUUAAAGUAAGAAUAUCUCAAUUCGGAAUUAUAAUAAUCAGUUUCUGUCUAUUCAGAAACUAAAGCAAGUGAACAUUUUAUUGAAAAAUCUUCAAAAUAAGAUCACAUUUUGGACUGGUUUCUUUGACGGACUUUCACUUUUUACUGGAUAUUUUAUCACUGGAAUUGCUCUUUUGUAAGUAUUCGGACCUUUGAUAAAAUUGAAAUAAUUUGGAAAAAUUUCAGCUUUGGAUGUCGUCUUUAUUUUGAAGGAGAUAUCAACAAAAAAGGAGAUGUUAUUCUAAUUGUUAACACAGUUUGUGUUACUGGAUAUUUUUUGGGUUUACUUGGUCCACAUUUAUCUUCAUUACAACAAGCUGCAUCAUCUUUUCAACUUUUACAUGAUGUUAUUUUAUCAGUGAGUUGAAUGUUUCAAAUUUACUAAUUGAAUUGAAUAAUUUAGGCUCCAUUAAAAGAAGGAAAAGAAGGUGAAUUGAAAAUCAAAUCAACAUCUGGUCAUAUUGUUUUCAAAAAUGUGCAUUUCAAAUAUGCAACUCGAGACAAAAAAGUUUUGCAAGGUCUAUCUUUCGAAGUUCUUCCUGGUCAAACUGUUGCCCUUGUUGGAACAAGUGGUUGCGGUAAAAGUACAUCAAUUGGAUUAUUGACAAAAAUGUAUAGAGCAAAUGAAGGAGAAAUAUUAUUAGAUGGACAAAAUAUUGAUUUGAUUGAUGCAAAAUCACUUCGACAACAAAUUGGAAUUGUUGAACAAGAACCAAAAUUAUUUGAUGGAACAAUUGUCGAAAAUAUUCGAUUAGGAAGAGAUGUUACAAAUGAAAUGAUACAAAAUGCAACAGAUAUUGCAAAUGCUAGUGAUUUUAUAAAUAGUUUAGAAAAAGGUUAUCAAACAAGAAUUGGAUCAGGAAGUGUACAAUUAUCUGGAGGACAAAAACAAAGAAUUUGCAUAAGUCGAGCAUUAGUUUCAGCUCCAUCAAUUCUUUUAUUAGAUGAAGCGACAAGUGCUCUUGAUUCGCAUAAUGAACAUAUUGUAAAUGUAAGAAUUUUCAUUUGACAACAAAACAAUUGAAAUGUUUUCAGAAAGCUCUUCAAAAUGCUUCAAUUGGUAGAACAACUUUGAUAAUUGCUCAUCGAUUGAGUAGUUUGAAAAAUGUAGAUAAAAUAUAUGUGCUCGACGAUGGACAAGUUAAAGAAAUUGGAAAACAUGAUGAAUUAAUUGAAUUAGGAGGAAUAUAUGCAAAAUUAGCAAGGAGUCAAGAAAUCGAGCAAAGUUCGAUAAAAGAUUAUGAACGAGAAGAACAAAAACGAAAUGAAAAAAUAAAAAAACUAAAAAGUAAUGAAUUCCAAACAAUUCCAAUUGUCAAUCGACAUGAUGUUGAAGUUAAUAUGCUUGGACCAGUAAAUACAGAAACAACUAUAGAUGAAAAAAUAACAUUAUCUGGGUUGGGAAAAUUAAUUCGUCUUGUUCCAAAACAUCCAAAAAUGUUGGCCCUUAUCAUAUUAUUGACAAUUCCAAGAUCAUUUGAAUUAUGUGCUUAUGGACUUGGACUAUCAUUUGCAUUCAACACAUUAGAAUAUAGCAAGGAUGAAUAUAUGACAUGGGCUUAUAUUACAUUAGCUGAACAGACACUUACUGGACUUUUUGUAUGGACAAUACACACUGCAUUGGUAAGUAAUUAUUGUUGUAUUCUUCAUUGAUAGUUUAUAUUUUUGUAGAUGUAUACAUGUGGUUGGUUGGCAAAUGAAAUUAUGGAUGAUGUUAAAGAAACAAUACUUUGUGAACUUUUACACAAACCAAUAGCAUAUUUUGAUAGUUCAAAUACAUCUCCAAGUGCUUGUGUUUCAAAAAUAAUCAAUCAUACAACAAAUAGUUAUGCAUGUCUUGAUCAUCGAGCAAUUCGAUUUGUUUGGUUUGUUAUUGGUACAGUAUUCUCACUUUUAUUAGCAUUUCCAUUUGUUUGGGAAUUGGGAUGUGUUGGAUUAUUUAUCACAAUUCUUCUCACUGUUUUUACUUUCUAUUUUGUUAGUGUUGCUCAUGAUGCAAAUAGUGAAAAAGCAGCAAAAGAUAAAAGUGGACAGGUAUGUGGAUUUUAUUGAAGUCUUAUCAAUUUUUAAAUUUAUUUUUCCAGUUUGGAACUGAAAUUGUGGAACAAAUUCGUGCAAUAAAAUUAAUAUCUGCUGAAGAUUAUUUUGAAAAACAAUUCCAACAUUUUGUUGAAAAAGCUGAACAAUAUGAUAAUAAAAUAGGAUUCAUAUCAGCCUUGAACUUUGCAAUUACUCAAAGCUAUGUUUUCGCAAGUGAUAUGCUUCUUUUCUAUAUUGGAACAUUGCUCAUAUUCAAAGGAAAAUAUUUACCAAAUCGAAUAUUCAUGUGAGUUAACAACUCAUUCAUCUCAUAAUGUUCAAAUAUUAUUUUUAGGGCAUUCAAUGGUGCUCAAAUGUCUGCAUGGGGUGUUAUGUAUUUUUCUGCUUGGAUUCCUGAAAUUGUUCGAGGUUCUGCUUCAGCUAAUCAAAUAUUUUCAUUCUUCGAAAACUCUCCAAAAUCACGAAAACUUUCUGGUGCAUCAAAACCUCAAGUCGAAGGAGAUGUUCAACUUCGAAACAUUAUUUUUUCGUAUCCAUCAAGACCCCAAAAAGUUGUUUGCAAUAAUUUGAAUAUUCGUGCUCCAAAAGGUAAAUCAAUUGCGUUGGUUGGUCCAUCUGGAUGUGGAAAAAGUACUGUAUUUGCAAUGUUGGAACGAUUUUAUUCGAAUAGUUCAGGAAAAAUUGUGAGUUGAUUUUCUUAGUAGAUGGAAAUCAAAAAUUAAAUUGCAGACAAUUGAUGACACGGAUAUAACUGAUAUUGAUGUUCAUCAUCUUCGAGAAAAUAUUGCUGUUGUUGGACAAGAACCCAUUUUAUUCAAUGGUAAGUAUUUUAUGAAGAUUUUCAGUGAAAAAUUUUAAAAAAUUUCAGCAACAAUUUACGAAAACAUAACACUUGGCCUUGAAAAUAUCUCAAUUGAUGAAGUUCAAAAAGCAUGUGUUCUAGCAAACGCAGCUUCAUUUAUCGAAAACUUUCCAAAUGGAUACGAUACAAUUGUUGGUGAAGGAGGUGGUGCUCUUUCAGGAGGACAAAAACAACGAAUUGCAAUUGCACGAGCCAUAAUAAGAAAACCAAAAAUAUUAUUAUUAGAUGAAGCAACAAGUGCUUUAGAUACACAAUCUGAGAAAAUUGUACAAAAAGCAUUGCGAUCGGCGACUGAAGGAAGAACAAGUAUAUUUAUUGCACAUCGAUUGAGUACAGUUCAACAUUGUGAUAUGUGAGUUUCAAAAUAUACUUUUUUUCGGAAAAAAAAUCUAUUUCUAUAUUUCAGAAUCUAUUACAUUUCAAAAGGUUCUGUUGCUGAAUUUGGUACACAUUAUGAACUAAUGAAUUUGAAUCGAAAAUAUGCCAGACUUGUUGCAUCUCAAAGCCUAGUUUAA